GCUCACUGAAUGUUGUCUAGGAGAGUGUGUCAGGAAGCUAGUGCGAUUAUAUGGUCUACCUACAGCCGCCACGGGCAUCCCUUUGGUUGAAAGCACGACAUGUCCCAAUGACUACAAAGGCUAAAACAACAAGGCCACCUAAAGAUAGAAUUUGACAGUCGUUCGGGGGGAAUAGUGAAGGAUGGCCGGAAGCUGAUCGCUACCUUGGGGGGAGUGUACUGCAUUUCUAAGAAUGGACAUGCCAGUCCUCGAGAACCCCGGCCUUGGUUUGUUCGACGUCAAAGGCUUGCUAAUUCACCGGCUUAAUCAACAGCUUGCAGAGUAUAACCGGGGACUUGCAUUGGAUUUGGGGGCUUCUAGGUCGGCUAUCUUGGCCGAUGAGGAUGGUGCGCAUGGUGCGGUCUGCGAAGACGUCGGGCCUGUCUUUUGUUCGUUCCAUGCCUCAUAGCAAGCUCGGUAGCUUCGCAACACGGAUGGAUCGAUGUGCUAGAACGGAGUCCCAGCUGACCAUACCACGACUUUGAGUCCCUUUGGUGAAUUACAAGUC